CCGCCACCGUGAGUCGAGUAUCCGGCGAGUAUUCCCCGAUGUCAAUAGCGUACGUGCGUCCCAGUGACGAACACCGGGUUCGGUAGCUCGUCGACGAGAGCUGGGAUCGGGUCGGGUCGGGUCGGGCCGUGCCGUGUCGUGUGUGUCCACCGCGCGGGUAUCCGAUCGGGAUGCCGGCCGGUUUCCGUUCCUCCGAUCGCUGUCAUCGCUCCGGCCGCGUUCAUCCCCUUCGAAGCGACAGCAAUCCGCUCUGAACAAGGAGCGAGCGCGGAUACGAAACGCGAGUGACUCUGAUGCGAGAGCUUGUGUUCGGGCUGGUAUCGCGCGGAAAUACCGCCGAAGCCGAGGCCAAAGCCGGAAUCGGAGCCGGCAUGCCAUCGACUUGAGAGCUAGUGAUAUGUCCGUGAUGUCUCGAGGCUCGCCCUGGUGCCUGGCCGCACCGGGGCCCAACAAAUUCCCAAAGCUUCUCCUGAUCGUCGCCGCUGUCCUCGUCGGCUUCCAACCGCCAGGCGUCGUCGGCGAGAAGAGCAAGAAAUAUGAAAUGAGGAAUAUAUGCAAGAGUAACUACAAAUACGAUGUGUACAUGAAGAUCGAUGGAGCCGUGCUCCUGUCGCAGAACGACAAGGACCUCGACUGCAUCAUCACCUUCCAAACCCACAGCAUUCUGCAGCGGUUCAUGCUACGCUUCGAUCAGCUGCAACUCGAUUGCAACGAUCAUCUCUACAUCUACGAUGGCGCGCACGCGGUCAGCAAUUACAAGGCGGACUUCUCCUGUAAAAACACGGAGCAGACCGUGGGCGCGAUUUAUACUCGCACGAACUUCGUAACGCUGAAAUACGUCACCGACUCCUGGGGCACUAAAGCAAAUGGCUUCCGUCUCGUUAUCACUGCCGUCAAGGAUCCCAAGCACACCUGCAAGGACUUCCGAUGCACCGAGAAGGAAUUCUGCAUAGACAGAGACCUACUUUGCGACGGCGUGAACCACUGUGGCGAUGGCUCCGACGAGGCUAUCUCCACCCUCUGUGCCAACUCCGAGACAUCAACGAUCCUGGGCCUGCAUCUGAUCUGGUUCGUGACCGGCCUUGUUUUUGUGAUCCUGAGCAUAGCAGGCCUGGUGACGGCGACGAUUCUGUGCUUCUGCAGACAACACGUCCCGACCCCGAGGCACCCCCAUAACGCACACAACGCCCAAACUCAUCCUCCAGUCAGCUUCCCAUGGAUUCGGAGCUCGUCGAGGCAGUACGUGCUGAUUCAACACGAAGUUUCCCCGACGCCGACGCCGACGCCGACGGCAAUGCCGACGCCAACGGUUCGCCGUCCCGCGGACACUGCGGACACUGCGGAGAACGCGGACCGCUCGCUAGUUUUGUGCCGGCAGUCGAGCGAAAUCGGCCCUAACGUCGAUCCCGGAAUCCCUCGAUCCUCGAACCGGCUCUGCGGACCGAUCGAACUAGCCAGGAUGGACGUCACGAUCGUACGAAAAGCUUUCCGCGUUCUGCUGUUGCCGCUGCUCGUCGUCGGCCAAUUCUCGGGCAUGCAGACACCGCAACCGCUGGUCAUCGGUAACACGCUGGACCAAGGCACAUCGGCGAAGGACUACUUCAUCGGGCCGUGCUUGGUAAACACCAAUCAGACGUGCCCGGACGACGAGGUGACCUUUUUCCUGUACACCCGGCGAAACGCGAGGGAGGGCCAGCAAAUUCUGGUGGACGAGACCGACUCGAACCUGCCGGAGACGAAUUUCGUGCCAUCGAACCCCACCAAGAUCCUGAUACACGGCUACGACUCGGACAUGCAGCUGUCGUAUCUGGUCGACGUGCGGACGGAGUACCUGAAGAGUUACGACUACAACAUGAUCUCGAUGGACUGGCAUCGUCUGGCGAACGCGCCGUGCUAUCCCAUCGUCGUGAGAAACGUGCCCCACGUGGGCGACUGUCUAGCCCAGCUGAUCGCCAGGCUGAAGGACGCGGGCGCCGCCGACAUCCACGCGAUCGGCUUCAGCCUCGGCGCCCACGUGCCCGCGUUCGCCGCGAACGUGCUCCGGCCGUAUCGCAUCAGCAGGAUCACCGGCCUGGACCCGGCCAUGCCGUUGUUCGUCACCGUCGACAAGGACCACAAGCUGGACGCCGGGGACGCCGAGUUCGUCGACGUUUUUCACACGAACGCGUUCAUCCAGGGCAAGGUCGAGAUGAGCGGCCACGUGGACUUCUACAUGAACGGCGGGAUCAACCAGCCGGGCUGCUGGGAGAUCGGCAGGCCCUUCGAGUGCGACCAUCAUAGAUCGGUCAUGUACUUCGCCGAGUCGAUCAACUCGAAACCCGGUUUCUGGGGAUGGCACUGCGGCGGUUUCGUGGCCUACUUGCUGGGCAUGUGCCCGCCGAGGUACCCGGCCAUCCUCGCCGGCGACAGGGUCGAGAGGACGAGGAGGGGAUUCGUUCUGGUCCGCACCAACUCGCACAGUCCCUACGCCUUGGGGAAUUUCUCCGUGAACCAGUUGGACAUGUAUACGUAGACACGGGGAAACGAUCCCCCGGCGAUCAAGUAGCCGGAUAAGGCUGCCGCGAUAACGGACGAUGUACGCCGCGCGACGAAAACGGGACUCCGAAACGCGGGCGUCCCGAACCGAGCCCACCUUUCUCCCGAAUACUUGAGAGAAACUUCGGCGAUCCGAGAGUUCGCCGGCCAGGAAAAACACGUUCCCGUGUCAAGGUCAGGAGAUCCCAGGCCAUCUCCGUCUAAUCGAUAUCGCGGUCCGCGAGGCGAAAAGUGCGCCGCUGAUUUGCCCCACGGACACCGAUUGCUUAUCGGCACGUGGACGCAUCGCGAACUGUGAAUUACCAUGCGCGAGGCUGUUAUCGCGUCGCGAACACAUUCAAGAUUGAUCGUAUCUGUGUAAUCUUCGUAUUCCAUUAAAUCGGUGUAA